CUCACCGUAUCUGAGGUUCCCUCACCAGACGAGUGUGGGUGUGAACUGCGCAUGUGCAUGACCGAGCUCUAUCGGAAGCAAAGUCUGGCUUAUCGAGGGGGUUCGCAUCAGAAAACCAAAAGAUAAUAGAGUCAUGUCGGGUUUCCUUGACGGGAUCCGGUGCGGAGACUGCGAGUGUAACGUGGACUGGGGAGAAAGGAGAAACACAAUAGCGUCCGUAGCCGCUGGAGUUCUGUUCUUCACCGGUUGGUGGAUCAUCAUCGAUGCGGCGGUGAAAUAUCCCGACGAGGGCCAGUUCCAUCAUGCCUAUCACACCUGUGGAGUCAUCGCCACGGUGGCCUUCCUCAUGAUAAAUGCGGUUUCCAAUGGCCAAGUGAGAGGAGACAGCUACAGCGAAGGCUGCAUCGGACAGACGGGCGCUCGAGUGUGGCUCUUCAUCGGCUUCAUGCUGGCUUUUGGCUCCCUCAUCGCCUCGAUGUGGAUUCUGUUUGGAGGAUUCGUAGUGCCUCAAAAGCCCGUCGUGUACCCCGGCAUUGCCGUUUUCUUCCAAAAUGCGUUCAUUUUCUUCGGGGGUUUGGUCUUCAAGUUUGGACGUACAGAGGACCUGUGGCAGUGAUGGACCCUGUGUGUCUUCAUGUCCACUGUUUAUACACUCAGCUUUCUAUUAUUGUAUGAGACAGGAUGCUUUUGUGGCUAUCCACUUUAUCUAAACACCUUUUUAGCUUUCAAAUUAACAUUUUUAAGUUAUAUUGUUUUGCUGUAUAGUGGCUCCACCAAAACGAAGCAUAAGUUUCCUCAAAUGUUUUUUGAAUAUUUUCAAAUGUGGCACCACAUAUUUAAAUUUGUCUAUUUGCACUCGGACUGUGUGUUGUGAUAAUAGUUUACAACUAAUGUGUAACAAAAUGUAUUUUUUGGGAAGCUGAAGGGUCCACUUUUCCUUUUUGGGUAGACUUGCUUUUAUGGCAUCCUUUAAUUUGGACAGUCUUUUAAGUGGAAACCACAUACAUUAUUGUGGUACAACACAUUCUUGAGGGCAAUAUUUCCUAAUACUGUACACAUUUACUGAGUGUAACCAUAUAGGGUUGCUUGUGUUUUUCCUGAAAUAACAAUGUCAGCUCUUACAAUUUUCAGUCGUCCAGAUUUAUUGUUGACGGUGAAUCAGCUCACACUGCUGACAUGUCAACAGUGGUUUGACGACUGUAGGUUGUCAGACUUGUACCGGAUUUUUGUAUUUGACUGCAACACUCACCCAUCUGCUUGUGUAACACCCGAGCCAUGAGGUCUGUUUAUGACGACCACGGCAGCAUUAAACGGCGACAUACUGGGCAGAAAAA